CGGCAAGACGAAAGUAGAACGAAAAAUGCGACAGGAGAAGUAGAUGUCGGGCACCAGCUAGAACAACAUGCUGCAUCCUAUCCCGACACGAUGUACCCCGGUUACGUCGGGAUCAUGACGCCGCCAAGUAUUGGCGAACGGUGGUCCGCGGCACUGGCGGAGGACUACGAUUUUGUGGACUAUUCGCAGGCGAAGGGGGUGAGCUUCUUUUCCGCAGAGGAGGUCAUCGUGGAGAAGGACGAGGUGUAAGUGAUCGCUCGGGUCGUCGAAAACCGAUCUUCCAAGGCCGACAGCUCUAGAUUCAGUAAUGUUUUCGUUUGCACUCUUUCACCUCGAUGAUCUUCCGUUCGUAAAAGUGAAAAGACGGCUGCUCGAAUCUACUUCUCCCGAACUCGAUCGGUUUGAAAGAGAGAACGGAUGUCAAUAGAAGCAGCAACUCGAACUACGUCGAUGUGGAGAAAUCUUCGCAUCGUGAUCGUCGCCGUCGCGAAAGCCGUGAGCUGGUCUCCUGUGACAACAUGGAAAUAAUUCUUGGAACGAACAAGGAAACAGAUACAGAAAUCGUACUUCAAGAACAAGAAGAAUAUCGCCGAUAUUACAGUAGUUACAUGAAAGUUCCUGUCGCGUGCGCCGUGAAAAAUACUUGUACCGUUCGAAGCAGACGCAGCCCACAGCACCUAUGCCCGCGAAACUCCAGGAGUGCCUGGACUGGCUGUCCCAUGGCGACACCACCAGUCUGAAGAAAAAUUGCAAGGAGUGCCGCACUAAGAUUCUCGACGCUCUCGAGGACGCGCGUGCGAAGGUCAAAGAGGUGAACGCCGAGCACAAGAAGUUCGAGGAGCGGUUCGCGGCCACUGGGACGCCGGACGCAGGUACCAGCGACCUGCUGCAGCGGGUCGGCGCCGCUCUGAAAAAACAGUCCGAGCUGGUUGACGCGGCGAGAAAUGUCCAGGCCCAAUGUCCGGGCGGUGUGAAAAAGGAGAAAGCGGAAAUAGCCGAGGAAGAGCCGGAAAAGCAGCGGGUGUUGCUACCGGAUACGUGGAUGGUGGACCCGAACGUGAAGGAAACAAGCGAGGCCUGUGGGGGUGCAUCUCUUGUGAUCGGGCGGUUGGACUUAAAGUCAGGCACGGUAGAGGGCGGCGUGGUGCCGAACAACCAGGAAAUCAGCGUGGAAGCAGACGAAACGGGCUUCAUCGACGGGCGGAAGGCGGAGCAGGCAAGUUCGUUUCUGGAAGUUGUUGAUGUUGGGGAGAGCUUGAGGAGCGCUGUUUCAACGUCCUUUUCGAGGAAAAAUGCGGUUUGGAUGGUGAAGAAAAGCGCCUUCGAUGCGAUGCACUCCGGCACUGCUCCUUUUUCCAACGCGCGGGGGUGGUACGGUUUGUCGACUGCGGAUGAUGCUAUGCAUGGAGAAAGACGAAGUAGACAACGCGGUUCGUCGUUUCUAGACUUGCAGACGACAGAAAUGCGCGCUCGUGGUCUGAGCACAGUCCGACCAGGCGUGGCGAAAAAGCCAGGCUUCAUCACGGCAUUCGCGGGCGACGGUGAAGGUGAUCCUGGAGAUGCAAGCGCGGCGCCGCCAAAACCAGAACAAGAGCCUCCACCCGCAACAGACCGCACACCACAGACCAACGACGCUGGUGCAACUGCAGCUGCGGGAGAGGAGUCUGCAACUCCUGGUGGCGGAGCAGCCAAACCAGACGAACUUGCAGCAGGCAAGCGCAAGCCUUCCGGCGCAAAGUCGACACCCGAGGACACAGGUGCCGAUAAAGAAGUAGAUGAUGUUUCAACAGCUGAGAGCGCAGGACCUGGCGAUGCAGCAGAAGAUGAUGCAGCAGAUGCUGUUGCUCCUGAUGCAGCCACAACUACAGAUGAGGCAGCUGGUGAACAAGACGCCCAAGAACCAGGCGCCACACCGGACGAGAUCCAGCCAACCGGCACGCCGGACUGCUUCGAGGACGGCAAGAUGCCCGCGACCAAGGAGGACUGCCAAAGCUUCCACGCCGGCCUCGCGGCGAAAAAGUGCGACCCGGCGACCAACCACGGACUGAAGGUCUGCGGCAAGUGCACGGAGAUUUUGAUCAAAGAGGAGCUGGACUUGGAGAAAGAUCUCGCACCGGACCAGCAAAAGGAGCUCGAGCGGCAGAUGGGCAUGAAGACCGGGAACUACGGUGCCGACCAGGACGUGCAAAAUGCGGACCAAAUGUCACAAGAACUGAAAAGCCUGAAGCAAGUGAAGCUGUUCAACGGGGAUUUCACCCGAAAGUGUCGCGCGUACGCCAAAACCAUGCCGGCGAAGACCGUGAAAAUCCACCACAAGCGGUGGCGCAUCCCGGACAUGAUCGCCGUGGAAAAGCUGGAGCCCAACCACUGCCUCGGGGCCGCGGUGGAGGGAAAAAUCAACCUGAAAACCGGGGAAGUGGAGGCCCAGGUGUUUUCCAACACGGGAAGGCUGGACGUGGAAUUCGACAAAGCAGACGGGUCCGUGAAAAAGGGACAUUUUGUUCCCGGGAAAAUCAUCGCGACGAAAUCAUGA